CGAAGGCUGCUACCCGGUGGUCGGCUGAGCGGCUCUAGCCCAGCUCUCAGACGGCUGAGUCACUGCCGCCCGGCCCGGCCCGGCCCGGAAAAGACUAGCGCCGCCGCCGCCGCCGCGGCCGCCUCUCGGGCUCCCGGGCUCUCGGGGUCCCGGGCCUUUGCACCUGUCUUUUCCAGCUGGGCACAAAGCCUUUUGCUGUCGCCGUGGCGACUGGCGGCCUAGCGAAGACCUCCUUUACUUUUAAUCCCCCUCAUUUUCCAGUCCAUUUUCUGCUUAUUUUCUGGUCAGUCCGUGACCCUCUAGGUGGGCUUGGACCCGCGAUCGAUUUGCCGCCCUCAGGGCGCUGGGCAGCCCGGCUGCUUCCGAGGUUGGGGCAGCCUCCGCGGUCUCCAUGGUAACGGCCUCGCCGGCGUUUCCGCCUAGGUGGGAAGAUGCGGCCUGCCCUGCCCGCCGCCUCGCCCCCGGCCUUACGGUGGGACCCCGGGCACUGAGGACGAAGGUCCCGGGCGCCGGCCCGCGGGGCAACGGGCACUAGUGAAAUCCCAUUCUCUGGCUGGAGACACAGAUGGCCUCAAAUGAGAGAGAUGCUAUAUCGUGGUACCAAAAGAAGAUUGGAGCCUACGAUCAGCAGAUAUGGGAAAAGUCAAUCGAACAGUCUCAGAUUAAGGGUUUGAAAAACAAACCAAAAAAGAUGGGCCACAUAAAGCCAGACUUGAUUGACGUUGACUUAAUCAGAGGGUCAACAUUUGCCAAAGCAAAACCUGAAAUUCCAUGGACAUCUCUGACUCGGAAGGGGCUUGUUCGAGUUGUAUUUUUUCCAUUGUUCAGCAAUUGGUGGAUUCAGGUUACCUCUUUAAGAAUCUUUGUUUGGCUGUUACUACUUUAUUUCAUGCAAGUUAUAGCAAUUGUCUUAUAUUUGAUGAUGCCUAUUGUGAACAUAAGUGAAGUACUUGGACCCUUGUGCCUUAUGCUACUCAUGGGAACUGUCCACUGUCAAAUUGUGUCUACUCAGAUAACAAGACCAUCAGGAAACAAUGGAAAUCGAAGAAGAAGAAAAUUGCGAAAAACUGUAAAUGGUGAUGGGAGCCGAGAAAAUGGAAAUAACUCCUCUGAUAAAGUCAGAGGAAUAGAAACUUUGGAAUCUGUACCCAUUAUUGGUGGGUUUUGGGAGACUAUCUUUGGCAACAGGAUUAAAAGAGUAAAAUUAAUAUCUAACAAAGGGACUGAAACUGACAAUGACCCAAGUUGUGUCCGUCCUAUCAUUAAGAAGAGACAAUGUCGACCAGAGAUUAGAAUGUGGCAAACAAGAGAGAAAGCAAAAUUUUCAGAUGGAGAAAAGUGCCGUAGGGAGGCUUUUAGGCGUUUGGGUAAUGGGGUGUCUGAUGACCUGUCAAGUGAGGAAGAUGGUGAAGCACGGACACAGAUGAUAUUAUUGCGUAGGAGUGUGGAAGGGGCCUCAAGUGACAAUGGUUGUGAAGUUAAGAAUAGAAAAUCAAUACUUUCAAGGCACCUAAACUCUCAGGUAAAGAAAACCACUACAAGGUGGUGUCAUAUUGUGCGGGAUUCAGAUAGUCUAGCUGAAUCAGAAUUUGAAUCAGCAGCCUUUAGCCAGGGCUCUAGAUCUGGUGUGAGUGGUGGCUCUCGAAGCCUCAACAUGUCAAGAAGAGACUCAGAAAGCACCCGCCAUGACUCGGAGACUGAGGAUAUGUUAUGGGACGACCUGCUACAUGGCCCAGAGUGCCGGUCAUCUGUCACCAGUGACAGUGAGGGGGUUCAUGUGAAUACCCUUCACUCAGGGACCAAACGUGACCCCAAAGAGGAUGUUUUUCAGCAGAAUCAUUUGUUCUGGCUUCAGAAUUCAAGUCCUUCCUCUGAUCGAGUUAGUGCAAUAAUCUGGGAGGGGAAUGAGUGCAAAAAGAUGGAUAUGUCUGUGUUGGAAAUAAGUGGCAUCAUCAUGAGCAGGGUCAAUGCCUAUCAGCAAGGAGUAGGUUAUCAGAUGCUGGGAAAUGUUGUCACUAUCGGAUUAGCAUUUUUUCCAUUCUUACAUCGACUUUUCCGUGAGAAGAGCCUUGACCAGCUAAAGUCCAUUUCAGCUGAGGAGAUCUUGACUCUCUUUUGUGGGGCACCACCUGUUACACCUAUUAUUGUUUUGUCCAUAAUUAAUUUUUUUGAAAGAUUGUGUCUUACUUGGAUGUUUUUUUUCAUGAUGUGUGUGGCAGAGAGAACAUAUAAACAGAGAUUUUUAUUUGCAAAACUCUUCAGCCAUAUUACUUCUGCCAGGAAAGCUAGGAAAUAUGAAAUACCUCAUUUCAGACUUAAGAAGGUGGAGAAUAUUAAAAUAUGGUUAUCACUGCGUUCCUAUCUAAAGAGACGGGGGCCACAGCGUUCAGUUGAUGUGGUUGUAUCCUCAGUCUUCCUACUGACACUUUCGAUUGCUUUCAUUUGUUGUGCUCAGGUUCUCCAAGGACACAAAACUUUCCUGAAUGAUGCUUAUAACUGGGAGUUUUUGAUCUGGGAAACAGCUUUACUACUUUUCUUAUUGCGUCUGGCCUCAUUGGGGUCUGAAACCAAUAAGAAAUACAGCAAUGUUUCGAUAUUACUUACAGAACAGAUUAAUUUAUAUCUUAAGAUGGAAAAAAAGCCAAAUAAGAAAGAACAGCUUACUCUAGUAAACAAUGUAUUAAAGCUGUCCACCAAGUUGUUGAAAGAGCUGGACACACCGUUUAGACUCUAUGGACUGACAAUGAAUCCCUUGAUCUACAAUAUCACAAGAGUAGUUAUCCUUUCUGCUGUCUCAGGUGUUAUAAGUGAUCUUCUAGGAUUUAAUAUAAGAUUGUGGAAAAUUAAAUCAUAAGCUGAGUUAAAUGCCUGGACUCUCCCCUGACUGGUAUCAAAACUUACCUAUCAAGGAAAGAGAUGACUGCAGAAACCAGUGAGAUACCCACCUGCUUGUUCACAUGCACGGGUGCUCUCAGCUCUGCCAAAGCGAAUGAAUGGUGUUUCCAGAGGAACAAGUCCUUUUCCAACUGGGCGUGCAUGCUAAAAACCUGUAUCUUCAUGCUUUUCAAACAACACGAAUAGUCAGCCGACUAAAGACACUGUGUGUUUUGGUAACACAAGGACAAUUUUGUAAGUUAGUAAAUUUAUUAUGUGCACUUCUGUACUGUGACAGUUACGUUUACUGGCCAUAGUCUUUUGGGCAACUAUGGUAGAUGCCCAAAGCAUGAAGCAAAUGUCUUUUAUUGGAAAUAUGCAAAUUCAAUAUUUUUACAUUAUAGUCUAUAGAAUUGGAGAUCUCAUUUCUCUAUCAAAGACAGAUCAAACUAUUUUAGGUUAAAUCCAAAUAAAAGAACUUUACUGGAGACU